UGGAGAAUAGAAAUGUGCUUUUCCCCAACAGAACAUCCAUUUGUCCUUCCCUUGUGCCCCUUGUUACUGACGGCCCUUCUGGAGCCGUGCAGAGGUGCAGAGCAUCCCAGCCUGCUCCCUGCUCCCUCCCUGCUCAUGAGAGGCUCCUAAUGAACCUCAUCAUUUCCCCAAAUCCUUCCCUGUUACUUCUUGUCCGUGCAAACAGCUGCUCCCCUUGCCCGGGGGAGUGCUGUGGAUUGUAGGCGGGACAGGGAGCUGCCCUUGGCUGGAGUCUGGUGCCUGUAGGGUGAGUAAUUUAAACCAUGAAAGAUGCCUGGGGUUUUCCAAUUGUCUCUGGACUAACAGAUGAACAAAGUUGCACAAAAUUACACAAUUACUAAGUGGGUCGAUAAAAUUAUACAAUGACCAGCUUCACUUCUGAGCUCUUAAUUUGUGUUGUAGUUGGUUAUAAACGGCAAACUGUCUCUUCCUUAUCUCUGAAACCAAACACAGCCAUUGUCACUUGGGCAGAGAGUGUUGUGUAAAAAGAAUAAGCUGCAUUAAGAAUGGUAAGAAAGAAUAAGCUACAAGUCCCUUUUUUCCUGGUGCAGUACUGGGCAGAGGGUUUUUCCUUUGGGUCUGGAAAAAUCUGAGGAGAACAUUCGAUACAACAGCAUCUGAAAGUCUUUCUCUUUAAACUUUCCUCUCGCAGAUGCCUUCGAUAAUGAUUUGAUGCAUUCAACCCUGAAAAACAUUGUUGAGGGCAAAACGGUUGAGGUUCCAACGUACGACUUCGUGACACAUUCCAGGCUGGCAGAGACCACGGUGGUGUAUCCUGCUGAUGUCGUGCUCUUUGAGGGGAUCCUGGUUUUCUACAACCAGGACAUUCGGGACAUGUUCCACCUGCGUCUGUUUGUGGACACGGACUCCGACGUGCGGCUGUCCCGCAGAGUUCUGCGAGAUAUGAAACGUGGGAGGGACCUGGAGCAGAUCCUCACCCAGUACACCACGUUUGUCAAGCCUGCCUUUGAGGAGUUCUGCUUGCCGACAAAGAAGUAUGCGGAUGUGAUCAUCCCUCGAGGAGUUGACAACAUGGUUGCCAUAAACCUCAUCGUGCAGCACAUCCAGGACAUCCUGAACGGGGACAUCUGCAAGUGGCAGCGGGGGGCGCUGAACGGGCACGGCCGCAGCUGCAAGCGGCCGUUCCCGGAGCAGGCGGAGGGCGGCGUCCUGGCGGCCGGCAAGCGCUCCCACCUCGAGUCCAGCAGCCGCCCGCACUAACCCCGCACUAACCCCGGGCUCCGCCGCGGCUCCACACCGGCGCCGAAGACAGCUUUGGGAAAGGACUUGCACGGAAUGGUUGGUGAAGUGCCCCUAAAGCUGUCCUAGCAGCAGAGGGGAUCCUUGUGGCAAUCUUCUCACAGAGGGGAGAGGAAGGGGUUGGCCAUCCAUCCCUCUUCCCUCCAGAGCCCUCCCUGUUCUCCCUGAGAUGUCUGGAGUUGUUACUUGAUGAACUGGUUAAAGGCAGUGCUACUUGCCUUUUUUUAAUUUUCAAAAAGAUCUAAUGCUGGAGAUUCCCCUGAAAUUUAAGCACUAUCGGGUCAUUAGCAAGAUACCCCAUUUCCAUGUUGAUGGUCAUCUGUCGCAGGAAAAUCAUUUGCCUCUUGGGUAUUUUUCUCUCUGUCCAAGAGAGCUAGACUAUGCUGUUAAUUUUAACAGUCUUUUACUCUUCUCCACCUUGUUGGCACCUUGAGUUGUGGCCAUGCUCUGCUGCUGGCCAGCCUCCUCCUAGCCUGUGGGGUGAGAGGAACUGGCCUGUAGAGGCACCUCUCCCUUGAGAUGGGGUGAGACAGAGACUGUCUGGGGCAAAUGGAAACUUGCAGUUCACCAGGGGACAGGCCCAAGAAGUUUAGUGGUUCUAAUUCCUAAUUAGUGAUUCCUAAUUUAUUCCUUUCCAAGCUCCUGAAUCUUGCUACACUGUAUGAAUAUUUUUUGUACCCAGUGUGCUUUACCACAGUUACUGAAUGUGUGAGCUCCAACUGGAUUGAGUUGCUCAUGGAAACAGAAACCUGACCUUGUCAGUAUUAGUGUCUUUUAGUGCAUUUCUGUACUGCUGGUUGCAAAUUCUGCUGGGCAGAAUCCGUCCACUUCCAGAGGUGGCUGGUGAGGUCAGCAAGGGGGGAAACUGGGAACUGCAGGACCCUCGUCCUGCUGGCACAAGCAGCUGCCUGGGCAUGUACCCUCAGACAGGGUCAGAGCACUUGCCUUGCACUCCAGCAGCUUCAAGAAUGUCUGGCUUUCUAAAAAGAGCAGACAAGAAGUACAAACAGUGAUAUCCCAGUUUCUGUAGUUUACCCCAGAUAAGUGAUACUGCAGCAGCAUGAAGUGUCUGUCUGGGAAAAAAAAAUCUGCAAUGAAGUGCUGGUUGGACCUUUGAAAAUGUCCUUGUGAUACUGUUCUUGAGUCUGGACUUUUGGUGUAGUUUAGAGAAUGAGGGUGGGAGGGAAAUGUUAUUAAGAGGAACUUUUUCAUAUUUGCUGAUUUUCUAAAUGCAGGGUUUGGUUGUGUUGGUUGUGGGUGUGUUAGUUUGGCUAAUAAAUAAAUCAACAGUGAUCAGAAAUGA